ACCUCAUUAGCCAAGAAGGGCAGUUCAAGUUAUUUCCUGAUCUAAAGGUGCUGCUGCUUCUUCUUUACCAUGGCUUCAGCUGCUCUUCAAUGGCUAAGCCUUGUGGGAAUGAUUUGGCUUCAAGCCAUAAACGGCACAAACACCAAUUUCCCAGCCUAUUCAUCUCAACUGAAACAGCUCCUUUCAAUUUCACAAGUGCAGCUCAACAAUCUUGCUUUUGCCUCUGAUGCAGGAAAACUUCUUGGCUGGUUCUCAGGCAUGGCUUCUGUUCACCUCCCUCUCUGGCUUGUUCUCCUGAUCGGUUCAAGUCUUGGGUUGGUUGGUUACGGAGUCCAAUAUCUCUUCGUAACACAGCAAAUCUGCUCUUUGGCCUACUGGCAUGUCUUCUUACUAACUGUUCUGGCUGGGAAUAGCAUUUGUUGGAUUAACACUGUUAGUUAUGUCGUUAUGAUCAGGAACUUCCCAUCUGAUCACCAAGUUGCUGUCGGGUUAACAACUAGUUAUCAAGGGUUAAGUGCAAAGAUCUAUACUGAUAUUGUUGAAGUUCUUUCUCCCCACAAAAAAGCCAGAGCCUUUCUUCUCUUGAACUCUAUCUUACCUCUCAUAGUGAGCCUCAUAGCAUCUCCUGUAACUAGAAAAAUUGAAAUCGCAAGGCCUAAACGAAUGGGUGUUGGAUUUGUUGUAAUGUUUGUUAUCACAAUCUCCACAGGUGUAUAUGCUGUACUUAGCAGCUUGCAGUUUUUGUCACCCCAAUUAUGUCCAUUGAGUAAUCUGCUUGGUAUUCUAGUGUCUCUUCUCCUCCCUCUAGUGCUUCCAGUCUCAGAGAUGAUCGACGAAUUGGCGAGAUCAUGGCAAGCCAUCCGAGAAAGACUAAGAGUCUGUCAUUGUACUGUGCAGGAAAACAAGAGACCUAACGAAGAGAGGAUAGAGAGUGAGCCAAAAGAUGGAGAGGAGGAGGAGAAGGAAGAAGAAGAAGAUAAAAACAGAGAGGUUCAAGAAGUUGUUGUCAGAGAAGAAAUUGGGGUGAAGUUAAUGCUAAGAAGAAUAGAUUUCUGGUUAUAUUUUUUAAUCUAUUUCUUCGGCGCAACUCUUGGCUUGGUCUUUAUGAAUAACUUGGGACAAAUUGCUGAGUCCAGAGGCUACUCCAACACUUCAUCUCUGGUAUCCUUGUCUUCAUCUUUUGUGUUCUUUGGCCGUCUCAUGCCAUCUCUCAUGGACUACUUCUGCAGGGGCAAGAUUAGAAUUUCAAGGCCAGCGAGUAUGGCGGCAUUAAUGGCUCCAACAGCAGCGUCGUUCCUAUUGCUUCUCAACAGAAGUGACCGAGCCCUAUACACGAGCACGGCCAUAAUAGGAAUAUGCACUGGAGCUAUCACUUCCAUUUCUGUGUCCACAACCACUGAACUAUUCGGGACAAAGAAUUUCUCAGUGAACCACAACAUUCUGGUGGCCAACAUUCCCAUUGGUUCUUUUGUGUUUGGUUACUUGGCUGCCCUGAUUUAUCGUAAGGGACAAGAUGGAGAAGGGAAAUGCAUAGGCAUGGAGUGUUACAGAAGUACUUUCAUCAUCUGGGGUUCGCUCUGUUUCUUUGGGACGUUGUUGGCUCUGAUUCUCCAUGCCAGAACUCGCAAGUUCUAUUCGCAGAGGAAACAGUAGGAUCAUAGCAGAGAAAGGAACAAUUCGUCUCUUUUUUAUUUUAUAUAUAUAUAUAUAUAUAUAUAUAUACACCUUUUAUGCUUUUUGAUCUGUCAUAAAUUGAUUCCCAACUCACAGGAAGCUAAGUAUACAUUAUAGUAUCACUCAGAAACUACUCGGGAUCAUACAAUGCACAGUCAGAUUAUGUAAUGAGUU